AUGCAUGUCGACUUGUCGCGGAGAGGAAUUGCGUACAUACCGGAGGAUGUCGAUGAGCGAGCGACGGCGCUAGUGCUGUCCUCCAACCGAAUCUACAGCCUCCAUGACCUGGGACGACUGGUGCACCUGCGGCGGGUGGACUUGUCGAGUAACAAAAUCGUGUCCUUGUCUGGAAUUGAAGUGCUCGGAGCGCUGGUGUGGCUGAAUGUGUCGAGGAACAGCAUCACUUCGUUGGAUGGCCUCCAGCACCUCGCACAUCUCGAAUCGCUCGAUGUCUCGGACAAUAAUCUGACAGACAUCGACACUCUUGAACACAACAUGUCGCUGACACAUGUAAAUGCUUCGAUCAAUUGCAUCAAUGUGUGGCCACGAUUCGCUGCCUUGGUGAAGUUGGAGGAGCUCAACCUCAACGACAAUCAACUCCCAGCCUUUCGACUCCUGCACACCGUGCUGCCUCCACAAGUUCGACAGCUUCACUUGGCUCGCAACUGCAUCGAUCACGUACAAUGUUUUGACACUUGCCGCCUGCAGCCGUUGACGUCGCUACACACUCUUGAGCUAGCAGGAAACGACUGCGUCAUCAACUUUGCCAUCGCCAUGGCAGCACUGAGCUCUAUCUUUCCUUCCCUGACUACCUUGGACGGCCAGGCUGUGAAACCUCCUCCGGUGCCCGUCGUUUCGAGGGUCGUAGGGCUUGACCUGUCCGAUCGUGAUGUCAAGAUGCAGAUGUGGAAGCAGGUGCUCCAGCAACGGUCACAGCAGGAGCAAAUCGAGAGGCUUCGGUUGAAAGGAGAACGACAGGCAGCGGUGGACAACCUCCGAUCAUCCCACCAAACCCGGCCACCUUCCGUCGAAAUGCGUCCACCAGCGGCACCACAACCGCGCUAUUUUGCAACUCACACGAUCGCCACCAACUCAACCCUCGCAGAUUCUCAAGAAUUCCUGACCUCUACACCUCGGUGUAUCUCGGGGGAAGCCCCCCUGUCACACUCGAGUACAUUCGUCCCGCACAACGAUGUGCCCGCUCCUGCGGCGUUUACCAAGCCAAGCAAACAUGACACGUCCCGCCACGACGUUCACAAGAUGGUAGCUGCCCUUCAAGAUCACGUCCAGCACAUGCGACGAUACAUGAAGGUCUGGGUCAAGCGGGAGCAGUGGCUCCGCACAAAGAGCGCCACAUGCAUACAGAAAUACUACCGAGGACACCUUGCCCGUGUCAAGUGCUCUCGGCUAUCCGUCGCGCCCCCCUUGCCACGACUCCCUUCAACCCGUCCUGCUCUCCUGACGACGUCGAAGCUGCAUACGUCGUCCAAUUUGAUUGUGUGGCCGACGAUUCCUCUGGACGUACGCGUGUUUCACGUCUAUGCUCAGGUGAUCCAAAAAAUCGUGCGAGGGUGGUGCACGCGGCAGCGGUUGGAGCGGUGGCAACGCAUGCAGCACGGCGCAUUGCAAGUGCAGCGCCUGUGGCGGGGCCAUGUCGCCCGGUCCAAGCCGUUUUGGAUUCGCGGCGCGGGAACACUGUCGAUGGUGGCGUCGACAUUGGUGUACGAGUUGCAUCGUCUAUCUCUCCGCGUGGGCAAGCUCGAGCGGCAAGUCGUGAUCCAAGACGAAGCAACGGUCGCGUUAUGGUCCCAGGUGCACCACAUGCAAGCGGCUAUGGACCGCGCCAACCUGCGCCAGUUGACAAGAGCUGUGAUUCGGCUCCAGGCGGCAUGGCGCGGACGAGCUGUGCGAAAGCAGCAGCAUGAACUCUGUAAACGCAAGAAAAAAGGGCGACAUGGGCAGCUGGCACUGCCACGGGCACUUGACCCAUGCCAACAAUGCCAAGCGAACGCAGCUGCAAUCGCUGCCAUGAAACAACAACUUGAUCAACUGUCCACACUCGUACGACAGCUCACCCUAGCUGGACCAGUCUCGCCAGAGGUAAAGCCAUCCCGUGGCGGGGAUGACACUUCAACCGACGUGAGGCCCACAGGGGCUGCCGCAAACCUUCAACCGACGGGGCCGGAGAUCGAAAGCCUCCCACCCACAUCGGUCGAUGCGGGCAGGGAAUCUCGAUGGAUGGCUCUGGCAGACUAGUUUGUUCGUCCAGCGUCGACCUAACCCCCCGACGGACCCCACGAUCUUGAACUGCUUGGGGUGUACCACUCGCUGCAAGAACUCCAAGAAGCGGCGGCAUCGACAAGUUCACGUCAAUCAGGACAGUCCCUUGCAUGAAAACGCAGUGUUUUGGUUGGCAUG